CCCUUCAGAAAUUCUACCAACCUUAACCCCACAUUCUCACACCAAAAUAGAUAAAAGUAUAGUAGUACUAGUAUUAAAAUGACUCACGUUUCCCAACAAUAGACCCCUUCCCGUCUCUAUUUCCGUCGCCUCUCACUCACUCUCUCUCUCUCUCACAGUUCAGCCACAUAUAUACUCCGUAUUAAAAUGACUCACGUUUCCCUACAAUAGACCCCUUCCCGUCUCUAUUUCCGUCGCCUCUCACUCUCUCUCUCUCUCAGUUCAGCCACAGUUUCGCCUUCGCCGUCCGUAGUAGCUAUUUCUAAAGUGCCAGUCACACGACUCUUUUUGCAAUUAUGGGUCUGAAGUCGUUCGUUGAAGUACACCCGGACUCUCACUUCCCAAUUCAGAACCUUCCCUAUGGCGUGUUCAGGCCCCAACCCGGUUCCGAACCCAGGCCUGGCGUGGCGAUCGGGGAAUACGUGUUGGACCUCUCCGUGAUCGCUGCCCACGGAACGUUCGAUGGGCCGAUCCUCAAGGGCUCCGAUUGUUUCAACCAGCCUAAUCUGAACAAGUUCUUGGCUAUGGGACGCCCUGCAUGGAAGGAAGCUCGUGCAGCAAUCCAAAAUCUUCUGUCAUCUACUGAACCAAAAUUACGUGACAAUGCAAGUUUGAGGCAGAUUGCACUUGCUCCUGUGGGCCAGGUAGAAAUGCUCCUUCCUAUUGCAAUAGGGGACUACACCGAUUUUUUCUCAUCGAUGCAUCAUGCAAAGAAUUGUGGGACCAUAUUCCGUGGACCGGAGAAUCCAAUUCCAGCAAAUUGGUUCCAUAUUCCUAUUGCAUAUCAUGGACGAGCAUCAUCCGUUGUUAUUUCUGGAACUGACAUUGUGAGACCAAGAGGUCAGGGCCAUCCACAUGGCGGUUCUCCAUAUUUUGGUCCUUCAGUGAAGCUGGACUUUGAGCUAGAAAUGGCUGCUAUAGUUGGUCCUGGGAACGAACUCGGAAAGCCUAUAGAUGUAAAUAAGGCUGCAGAUCAUAUCUUUGGGCUUGUGUUGAUGAAUGACUGGAGUGCUAGAGAUAUUCAGGCAUGGGAAUAUGUGCCUCUUGGGCCAUUUCUUGGGAAGAGUUUCGGUACAACAGUAUCCCCUUGGAUUGUGACCUUAGAUGCUCUCGAACCUUUUGCCUGUGAUGCUCCCAAACAGGACCCUCAACCAUUGCCAUAUCUUGCUGAAAAGAUAUCAAAGAACUACGACAUUUCUUUGGAGGUUCGGAUUAAACCUACUGGAGAAGAAAAUUCCCAUGUUGUCACAAAGAGUAACUUCAAGCACCUAUAUUGGACAGUGACUCAACAACUUGCUCAUCAUACCAUCAACGGUUGCAACUUGAGGCCUGGUGAUCUCCUUGGGACUGGGACAAUUAGCGGACCUGAACCAGAAUCUUAUGGAUGCUUGUUGGAAUUAACAUGGAAUGGACAAAAACAGCUGUCUUUAGGUGGAACAACUCGUAAAUUUCUAGAAGAUGGAGAUGAAGUUGUUAUUACUGGUUGCAGCAAGGGCAAUGGCUACAAUGUUGGGUUUGGGACCUGCUCGGGGAAGAUCCUUCCAUCACCAAUUUGAGAAACCAUUACGAGUAUUAUUCUUCUUUUAGAUUCGUGUGGCUUCCAGUGACCUCAAAUGAUUUUUCUGGUGGGGGUAGACGAACUUGGAAACCUGCAUUUUAAAAUGCCUUUUGUUUUCCUUCCAGUUGUUGCAAUAUUAUCGACUUUCUGUUUUGGAAAAUAAGGAAUUUACAUCCUUGAAUCAUGUUGAAGUAUCUUAUACCUGAUAUGGAAACGCUCUUAGGGCCCGUUACUUGACGGGAUUAA